AUGUCAAACAAGUUUAUACCGAUAAUUAAAAACUACAAUUAUACAAAUACUUUAAUAACUAGAACAAGAUCAAACAACAGAUCAUUACUAAACAGUUAUAGAUCAUCAUUGAUUUUAAAUAAAAGAUUAUUCCAUGAUUCACCAAACACUCAAUCAACAGUUACUCGUCAACAUCAACAUCAACAACAACAACAUGAAAUUGAAAAAGUGAUUGACCAAUCAACUUUAAAAAUUAAUCAAGAUCCAUAUCAAUUAGAAACUCAAUCAUUAAAUACUACCAUAUCACCAAUUUCAUCAAUUCCAACAAUUCCUAAUCCAAAUGAAUACCUUAAAGCUUUUAACAAUAAAGAAUUAUUAUCAUUUUUUAUGAUUGGAUUAUGUACUUUAAAUAAACCAAUAUUACAAUUAUGUAUAAAAUUAUUUCCCUACGUUCCAAUGUUUAUUAUAAAAUCAUUAGUUUAUAGAAUUUAUUGUGGUGGUGAAACUAUAGAAGAAGUGAAAAACACUGGAUUAAGAUUACAACAAAGAGGGAUAAAUAAUAUGAUGAUUUCAUUAACUAUUGAAGCUUGUGAAGGUAAUGAAAGAAUUGAUCCUCAAUAUAUUAUUGAUGAAACUAAUAAAUCAAUUGAAGGUAUUUUGGUUCCACAUACUGUUAAAAUGAUUGAAACUUCAGGAUUGGGAAUUAAUGAUAUACCUUCAGGUUAUGUUGCUUUAAAACCAACUGGAUUUAUAGAAGAUGCAGCAAAUGUUUUAAAAAAUUAUAAUAAUGGCGAAGAAUCAAGAUUUGAAGAUUUAGUUUCCAAGAUAACAAAAGUUUGUUCAACGAUAUAUGAUUCUAACAUCAAGUUAUCUAAAAAAUAUCCAGAAAGAGUUGCACCUUUUGUAGUUGCAGUAAUAGAUGCUGAAAAAUAUGAUUUACAAGAAGGUGUUUAUGAAUUACAAAGAAGAUUAUACAAAAAAUUCAAUAAAAUUGGUAAACCAAUAUCAGUAGUAGGUACUUUACAAAUGUAUUUAUCCAACAGUUCCAAUUUAUUAGAAUAUGAAGAAAAAUUAGCAUCAAAAAAUGGUUAUAGAUUAGGUUUAAAAUUAGUAAGAGGUGCUUAUUUACAUAGUGAAAAAAAUAGAGAUUUGGUAAUCCAUAAAACAAAACAAGAUACUGAUAAUAAUUAUAAUAUGGGAAUAACUUAUUGUAUAAAUCAAAUAUUAAAUCAACACAAACCGGAAUCAUCAACUAUAGGUCAUUUAGUAGUAGCAUCACAUAAUUCAGAUUCAUUAAAAUUAUCAUCUUCGAAAACUUACAAUCAACAAAACUCCAAAAACCCAAACAAAAAUAAUAUUGUAUUAGGUCAAUUAUUAGGUAUGGCAGAUUCAAUAACCUAUGAUUUAAUUGAAAAAAACAAAAUUGGUAAUGUUAUAAAAUAUGUUGCUUGGGGUCCUCCAUUAGAAACUAAAGAAUACUUGUUGAGAAGAUUAGAAGAAAAUGGUGAUGCUGUUAAAAAUGAUAAUGGUUGGCCAUUAGUUAAAGCUUCUUUUUUCACAUUAAUUAAUAGAUUGGGUUUUAGUGGUAAAAAAAAUUGA